AUGGUAAGAACACGUGGUGCAUCUUUUAAUUCUCGAGGAGAGAGUUCUCGAGGAGAGAGUUCGUCGCAGGGCGAAGCUCGGAGAAGAUCUACCAUUUCUGCUCGUAGAAGUCGGGCAGCUCCUAUCCAGCAUGACCCCAUAGCUGAGGAGCGAGCCGUUGAGGAACAAACAUAUGAGGCGUAUGAGACUCAUGGAGAGGAAAAUGCAUUUGAGGCCCCUAACGAUGAUGACGAUGAGGAGGAGCAUGCAGAUGUUCAUGACAUACAAGAGGAUGUCGCUGGAUUUCCUGGAGGUCCACACGAUCAUUCAUUGCUGACGCACUAUGUUCAGCAUGUAGCUUAUGCUAUUUCCCAAGGCCGGGAUCGAGGGGACACACUGAAGUUGAUCUCCCACGGAAAAAAAGUAAAUAAGUUAGGACCAUGCCACGAGGGAAUUCAAGACAUUGUGUUGAAUUCCAGUUUGAUGCCUCUUACAGGGAUUUGUUAUGAUUACGUUGAUAAGGGGUUACUCCUCGGAUUCAUAGAGAGGUGGCAUUUUGAGACCAGUAGUUUCCAUCUCCCUAUAGGGGAGAUGUCGAUUACUCUUGAUGACGUCUCGACAUUACUUCACCUGCCCGUGAUGGGACAAAUGUGUGAUUUGGAGGAGUUGGAGUUUGAGGAGGCUCGUACAGCCCUUGUGCAACUGCUCGGCGUUGAUGGUGGCACAGCAGGUGCUGAGAUGGAGGACGCACGUGGUCCGAAAGUCAGACUCAGCUGGCUUAGAGAGAUAUAUGUUCAGAGGUGUGAGUCGCAGCAUUGGGACUAUGCUGCUAGAGCAUAUUUGUUGCAUCUAGUAGGAUGUACGACUUUUGCAAAUAAGAGUGCCAGUUCUAUACGCGUGUCUUACUUAUUGUUAUUUAGAGACGUACACGCGUGUGGCAGAUAUGCCUGGGGUGUUGCUGCACUCGCCUAUUUGUACGAGCAGCUCGGGGAUGCGAGUCUCGCGUCCACGAAGCAGAUGGCUGGAUAUUUGACUCUAUUUCAGAGUUGGAUAUACGAACAUUUCCCUGGCUUGGGGAGGAGGCGGUUGGUGACUUCUUACGAUGAUACCACACCACGUGCCAUGAGGUGGCAGAGCCCUAGACAGAGUUCCACUCUCGCAGAGAUUCGGUCACAGUUGGAUGCGCUGACAUACAGUGGAGUUGUAUGGCAUCCGUAUGAGGGGCAUCGAGGCAUUCGGCCAUUCUUCGGCAUCUGUAUGUAUUCUGGAUGGAUUCGGAUUGGUGACACCCUUUGUCGUCAUUUGCCUAAGCGUGUGCUGAGGCAAUUUGGGUUUCAGCAACACAUUCCACGAUCACCGACUACGGUUCCAGAUGCAGAUGUAGUGGCCAUUGAUCAUAUGUGGUUGCACUUCAGAGCUCACGUUUGGUUCAGGAGGGUUUCGCAUCCUUAUAUUAAUGUUGCUGCAGAUGACGCGCGACCGGCUCUUGCACCUAGACAACGCCCCGAUGUUCCACGGGAGGCACGACCCCAUCGUAGAUCGUCUCCACCUUCACCAUCUGGCGCCCUAGCUAGAUUUAGGCGAAUGGCGAGAAUGUUACAGUCCUUGAUAUCGUGUCGUCAUGUCACCGAAGGUACUGUUGCACAUCAGGUGUCAGUGGACCUGCUUCAGAUUGCUAAUGAAGGCAUCGACGAAUAUUCCACGACUAGGAGAGAGCAGAGGCAUGUGCAUGGUAGACGGUCGACGUCUAAUUGA